AAGCCAUCUUAAGCAUAGCUUUUGAGGAAUAGUCACAGCUAGAGAGAGAAAGAGUCACAGCUAGAGAGACAGCUAGAGAGAGAGAGAGAGAGAGAGAAUGGUGAAGAAGGCAUUGCUGAUCGGAUGCAACUAUCCAGGAACAAAGGCAGAAUUGAGAGGAUGCAUAAACGACGUGAAAAGGAUGCACAAAUGCUUGAUUGAGCGGUUUGGAUUCAGUGAGGAUGACAUUACUGUCCUCAUCGACACCGAUGACUCUUACACUCAACCUACCGGAAAGAACAUCCGCGCCGCUCUCUCACGCCUCAUCCGAUCCGGCCGCCCUGGCGAUUUCCUCUUCGUCCACUACAGUGGCCACGGCACCCGCCUCCCUGCCGAGACUGGCGAGGACGACGAUACCGGCUAUGAUGAGUGCAUAGUUCCUUCUGACAUGAAUCUCAUCACUGAUGACGACUUCAGAGAUUUCGUUGACCAAAUUCGGGACGGUUGUCGCUUGACAAUUGUAUCGGAUUCCUGCCACAGUGGUGGCCUCAUUGACGAAGCUAAGGAGCAGAUUGGCGAGAGCACCAAGAAAGACGACGAUGAUUCUGAAUCCUCCUCAUUUGGAGGAUUCAAGAGCUUUUUCCAUCGAAAAGUUGAGGAUGCAAUUGAAUCUCGUGGAUUCCACGUCCCCUCUAAACUGCGUCACCACGGUCGUGGUGACGAUGGUGAUGAAGACGAAGAUGUUCAAGAGAGAGAGUUUGAGAUGGAUGGAAUCAGGGUCAAGAGUAGGUCUCUUCCACUCUCCACUUACAUAGAAAUGCUUAAGCAGAAGACUGGUAAAGACGACAUUGAUGUUGGCAAAGUGAGACCAACACUUUUUGAUGUCUUUGGGGAAGAUGCCAGCCCCAAGGUUAAGAAGUUCAUGAAGGUCAUUCUGAACAAACUCAACCAUAGUGGUCAUGGAGAGGAGGGUGGAGAAGGCGGCAGUGGUCUCCUUGGGAUGGUGGGGAGUCUGGCCCAGGAGUUUCUCAAGCAUAAACUUGAGGAUGAUGAAGACUAUGCAAAGCCUGCAAUGGAGACAGAGGUUGGUAGCAAACAGGAGGUUUACGCAGGAUCAAGCAACAGGGAACUUCCUGAUGGCGGGAUCUUGAUUAGUGGAUGCCAGACACACCAAACAUCUGCUGAUGCUGCUCCAGGCGGAAAUGCCGCUGAAGCUUAUGGAGCUCUCAGCAAUGCAAUCCAGAUAAUCCUUGCUGAGACAGACGGCGAAGUUUCGAACCAGGAGCUUGUUAUGAAGGCUAGGAAAAAGCUCAAGAGUCAAGGCUUCACUCAGCAGCCUGGCCUCUAUUGCAGUGACCAUCAUGUUGAUGCUACUUUUGUGUGCUGAUCUUUUUAAUCCUAUUUCAAGUCUUUAUGCUAAUAGGAAAUAAGACAUUAAAAUGGUUGCUUGAAUCAAUGAGUUUGUUGGGAUUGCUAGUUGCUAUCGUUGUAAUCUUUUGGGUUUUGGACAGUUGAACCUUUGCACAAAAAUGAAAUUUAAUAUUUCAUCUAUCA